UCUGGCGCAAAGCCACGUGUGUCAUUCUGGAGCACCGGGCCAGCGGAUAUAAAUAAGUGAGAGAGAUCACGACGCACGUGGUAGACCGCGAAAAAACACUCAAUGCUUCUUCUAGAGGCUAGAUUCUCCGUCGUCCAGAUGAACACCAAUAGACGGUCGAGAUCAAACCAACCGAGUCGAUUGCCCAGCUCGGGUGAGUCAGGUAUAGAGAACGAGCGAGUCUUGGUUCUCGUCUUCGAGUCCAUCAGCUGGGACAUCCACACGCUAUGUGCGGUCGCCUCACUCAGCCGCAGGUUUUGCGCGAUCGCCAGACGAAUUCUAUGGCGGCGGCUCUGCGUGAACCGUGCUCCGGGGAUGGUGGCGGCAUUGUCCGGCGCAGAUCCCAGCUGGCGAAUCGACGGCGGAUGGCACGCGUUAGCCAAGCUCAUGUUCUUCUGCGGCGGUGGCGAGUCGACUCGGUAUUUCAAUCUGAGUCAACCGUCGCCGGGUCACUUCGCCUGCGAGUCCAGAUUCUCCAAGACCUCCGGAAGAUUCUUCCUGCCGAAGAAUUGCCGCCGUGAUCUCUUAUACAUAAGCGAUCCGUGCGAGCAUCACGCGGUGGGUGGAGACGAGCACUUGGGGGUUUUCAGAGGGGUGUUUAGGGAGUUUAUGAGGUCAAAGACGAGGGAGUGUCUCGUGAGAAGACAAGCGGCGCUGGAGGAGAAGGCGAGGUGUCCGUAUUGCGGAGGGCGCGUGUGGAGCAUGACGGCGGCGCGUCUAGUACCGAAGAGCGCAGCGCGGAGACUGGGAUCACGGGAAGGUGGGUUAGAGUUUUUCGUGUGCGUGAACGGUCACUUGCACGGAACCUGCUGGCUCAUUCCGCUUUCGUCGUCGUCAGACGAAGAGGAUCGUGUGAGAAGAUCUUUUACCAUAUACUCUUCUCUGUACCGAUUAAGCUUAUAACCGAUUCGGUUGGUUUGAAGGUGUAGAUUAUCUUGGUACACUAUCUGAUCUUUUUUUGUUGAGAAUAGUCUUGCACAGCUCAAAAACGACCCUGAGUUGGCUGUAGUCAUCUUGGGGAUGUUAGAAGAGUUCAACGGGGUAUCUUGUUGCAAAGUCAAGUUGAUGAAGACGACUAAACGAUGGAAGAAGGUCAUAGGUUUUUGUCUUUUGUCUGACCUUUGAAUCUGUUUACUUCUCUGUCUUUUCUCUUUGAUCUUACCAUCUUUAGUCAGGGGAUUGUUUUAAAAGAAAUAGAUUCGGUUUCAGUUGACUUUUUUUGUUAACUGAUUUAAAGAUGUUACUUGAGUUUC